AUGGAGAGAUUCCAUCACUAUCCGGGUAUGAUCUACUCUGAUUUUGAAGCCUCGGCGACCUUUCAUCCUGAGGUUCGAGAAAUGGAACACCUUAAUCGACUCAUGGCCGAGUCCUCAAUUAACCCCCGCCUCGAUCUGUUACCGCCACACGCGGAUCCUCACCUCUUUAAUGAAUCAUUGAUAGCCGAACAACGGGCAGCAAUGCACCUGGCGGCUCCCGAUAUCCAUGAGCUCGCCCUCCUGGAGCGCGAAAAUGAGCAGAUGCACCACUUACAUUCCCUCAACGUCCUCGACGAGCAGAUGCACUUGCGGGAUCGCGAACUGGACGGAAUGCACUUGAUGAAUCAUGAAAGAAGUUUGAACUCGCUUGGCCUUCAGCUCGAAACCGAACGCGCUAUGGUCUUGGACGAUGAAUACCGGCUGCGGCAAGGGCUGGCUCUAGCUCCAGGAUAUGAGCAUUUCGGCGGCUCGAUCGGAUACGACCUCGCUCACCCCUAUGCUGCUACCGGCAUGACACACCCAAGCUACUAUAACCAGACAUUACAUUACCCCGGAGUCAUGGCUGAUCCAUAUUAUCAACAGAUGGCUUCCAUAUUGCCCCGGACGCUUCCAAUGUUUUCAGAUCCAUACUUCAUGAAUCAAAUGCCCCCAACUGCUGGGUGCGGAUACACCCGCAGCACUCUUCCUCUCAACGCCGCCAUGCAGAAUCCUUUCUUCCACGGCAUCGACCACGAUUAUGGGUACGGAAGGAUCGGGCCUCUAACAAACUAUGGUCUGGCUGCUCGUUCGCCACCGCGCGAGUAUGGGCAGAUGCUCGACGAUCUUUACCUCUACGAAAUGAUGCUCCGUCUCGAUCUCGCCCUCGACGAGGAGGAAAGGAUCUUAAGAUGGCGAGAGCGCCUAGCGUGGGAGGAACUCAGCCUGGCCGAAAGACGGUUGCGUUGGGAGCAGAUGGAAAUGAUGGAACGUAGCCGACUGGGUCUUGGAAUGGGCUCUUUCUGGGGUCAUCAGUUGGGUGGAUUACCAAUCAACUCGACAUUUGGAUAUGCGGCCCCAAUACUAGCCGAACAAGUCAUGUCCUCAUAUGGAAGAGCGCCGAUCAUGGGAGUACUAGAUGGGCCUCAUUACCCCUUAUCAUCUCCUUUGAUGUCGACGUAUCCGAUGUGGGAUGUCGGUGGCCUUGGUGUUGGAGCCAGAAUCUCGCCUUGGGUUGUCGAAAACGACAUGUAUCUCAGCCCACACCACCUCGCUAGACAAGAGAAUAUACGGCGUGAAUACGCCGAGCGGCGAGGCGAAAUCCCUCCAGGCCCUCGAUUCAUUGAUGCCGAUGACAUGUCGACUUUGCUUGGAAGCGAAAUGUAUCGACCGAGACAUCUGGUUAGACAAGAGAACAUUCGACGAGAGUACGCCGAGCGCAGAGGUGAAAUCCCUCCUGUCCCUCGAUUGAUUGAGCCUGGUAGGAUGGGGGCAGGUGUACCACUCUAUGCUGCUUAUUCUGAAAAUUAUCGAGUUUAUUGA